AAUAUUUUAUUUUUUAUUUUGUUAGUAAUGUACACGAUUGAGUUUCAGAAAAGAGGAAUGCCACACGCUCAUAUUCUUGUCUUCAUGGAAAAAGGAUAAAAAUUUCCAACAGCCGAUGAUAUAGAUAAGAUUAUUUCCGCUGAAAUACCAGACAAGACAGUAGAUCCAGACCUGUAUGUAAUCGUUGGGGAUUGUAUGAUGCAUGGUCCUUGCGGUGCAGCAAAGAAGGAUAAUGUAUGUAUGGUUAACGGUAAAUGUUCUAAGAUGUUUCCGAAACCUCUCAACAUCAGGACAUCGAUUGACGCAAAUGGAUUUCCAGUUUACAUGCGUCGGAUUGAUGGUAGGUUCAUUGAGAAAAAUGGAAUCAGAUUAGACAAUGAAUUUGUUGUACCAUACAACAGAGACCUCAUGCUUCGUUAUCGCGCGCAUAUGAAUGUCGAGUGGUGCGUCCAAACACGAGCUGUUAAGUAUCUUUUCAAAUAUAUCCAUAAGGGACCUGAUUAUGCCUCAGCUGCAAUGGAUAAAGAAGAUGAAGAUGGCGUCAUUGACGAAAUCAAAACAUAUUACGACUGCAGGUAUUAUUAUAUUUAAACCAAUUCGUGUUAGUAUCUACAAAUUACUAAAUUCUAUAAAUUUACAACAAUAUAUUAAAAAUUCAGUAGAAACUCUAUAAGCAAUUCAUCAAUCAUAGAAGAUCAAUAAAUUAAUACUAAUUAGAAUAUUGAACUUUAUACAUUAACUUCAUUUCUCCAAUCCAAGUUUGGGCAAAUGUAAAAUAUCAGAUAAUACGAAAAAAAUAAUAAGAUAAUAAAGGAAAGUCGUCAAGUUAGUUAAAUAUAUGGUCACACUGAAGUUCUAAGUCAAUAAUAUCAUAUACUAUCUUCGUUGGACGUUAUAAUAUACAAAUUUUUCCACAAUUUUUACUAUAUGUGGACCGUAUAUAUCAUAUUUAUUAUCAUUUAUAAUUUAUUAAUAAUAGAUAUAAAACAAAAUUUGUAUUCUACGCUAUGUCUUUGCAAAGGAAACGAAAAUACAUCAAUAAUCUAUUACUAUUAGUACAAAUAUAUAUGUAUAAGCUUUAAAAAAUAUAUAAUAUUAUAAAUGAAAUUUAUAUAACUCAUUUGUUUACAAUAAAAUAAAUACAUUAUUAACAAAUAGAGUUUAUCUGUCUUUUACAUUUUAAGGUCUACGUUCAUCUUUACUAAUUUAUGUUUUCGUAUUUCUUAAUUAGAUAUAUUACUGCAUGCGAGUCGUCGUGACGGAUUCUUGCUUUUCCUACACAUUUUCGUACUACUUCUGUAGAGAAACUUGGCUUUCAUAUUUCGGAUCAGGAACUGGUAUUUUUUUUAUAAAAACGAACCUAUUGAGAGUAUUCUCAACAAAAAGACUGUCAACCAAUCCAUGUUUUUGGCCUGGUUCAUAGCAAACAGAAAAUACGCAGAGGCAAGAGAGUUGACAUAUGCCAAAUUUCCAACAAUUUUUUUUUGGAAAUCAGGUACGAGAGAAUGGGUACCACGGAAACGAGGCUUUGCGAUAGGGAGGAUUGCGCAUAUUCAGCCAUCAGGUGAUGAGCUAUAUUUCUUAAGAGUAUUGCUAAAUUGGGUAAGAGGGCCGACAUCAUACGAGGAUAUAAGAACAGUUGAUGGUGUUUUAUAUCCUACAUACGAAGAUGCUUGCUAUGCGUUGGGAUUGAUGGAUGAUGACAAAGAAUUCAUAGAAGCUAUCAAAGAUGCCAGUGAUUGUAGUUCUGCCACGUAUGCCAUGAAGCUUUUUGCGAGAAUGUUGGUUUCCAAAUCUUUUUCUCAGCCUCAUGUUGUGUGGGAAGCUACUUGGGAGUAUCUUACCGACGAUAUUCUUUACAAGAAGCGGCGAGAAAAUGGACAACCUGGUGAGUUUUGUCUAGUUAAAUUUUUUUAUUGUAAGAAUGUCUAUGUUAAUUUCAUAAAAUUAUCAAACUUGCAGAUAUGAACUUGACCAUAGAGAAGAUCAAAAAUAUUGCUCUUACUGAGAUCGAAAAUCAUUUGCUCAGCAAUGGUUGUAGCCUCAAGAAAUGGCCCCACAUGCCAAAGCCAGAAGAUUUUGGCUCUUACAACGGCAAUCGCCUUAUAGAUGAUGAUCUUAAAUAUGUUGUGGAAGAUCAGCUAAAGGAAAAUGAAAGACUUAUGGCGAUGAUAACAGAUGAGCAAAGAGGGGUAUACGAACAGAUUCUGGAUGCAGUUUUAAAUGAUAGCGGUGGAGUGUUCUUUCUUUAUGGUUAUGGAGGCACAGGAAAAACCUUCGUAUACAGAGCACUCUCAUCAGCGAUCCGAUCUAGAGGUAUGAUUGUUCUAAAUACCGCAUCAAGUGGAAUUGCAGCAUUGUUGUUGGAAGGAGGUAGAACCGCACAUUCCAGAUUUGGUAUUCCGAUAGAUGCAGACGAAUUCAGUACUUGCAAGAAAAUGGAGCCAGGAUCAGAUCGUGCAGAAUUAGUUAAAGCGGCAAAGUUAAUUGUCUGGGAUGAGGUGCCUAUGAUGAGCAGACACUGUUUCGAGACGUUGGAUCGCACAAUGCGUGAUAUUAUAAGAUCUUCUGAAAACAAACCUUUUGGGGGUAAAGUUAUUGUUUUUGGUGGAGAUUUCAGACAGAUUUUACCGGUUAUACCUGGAGGUGGUAGAGCAGAGACUGUUUUGGCGGUUCUGAAUUCGUCAUAUCUUUGGGAGCACUGCAAAGUUUUGAAGCUAACAAAAAACAUGAGAUUGCUGGCUGGUCUUACUGAUGAUGCAGCAAAAGAGCUUCAAUCCUUCUCAAACUGGAUUUUGGAUAUUGGAGAUGGAAAAAUAAAUUUGCCUAACGACGGUCAAGUUGAGAUUGACAUCCCUUCUGAUUUGCUGAUACAAAAUAGUGGAGAACAUCCUAUUGAGACUAUGGCAAAAGAGGUUUAUGGACAAGAUUUUCAAACCUCGACAGAUAAGGAUUUGUAUAGACAUCGAGCCAUUCUUACUCCCACAAAUGAUGAAGUGGAUAAAAUAAAUGAUUUCAUGCUUAUGCAGUUGCCAGGAGAAGAGAAGGUUUACCUUAGCUCUGACAGUAUUAUCCCAUCCGAUGUUGACAUAGACGAAAAUCUCAAGGUUGGUGCUCCUAUCAUGUGUCUUCGUAACAUGGAUGUUGCAGAUGGCUUAUGUAAUGGUACUAGGCUAAUUGUUACUCAGUUACUGCCCCAUGUGAUAGAAGGUAGAAUUAUAACCGGAAACAAAAUUGCUGGACAUCCGGUUUGGAUCCCUAGAAUGUUUGUCACACCACCUGACACAAAGUUUCCCUUCAGAAUGCGUCGAAGACGGUUUCCAGUUACUUUGGCUUUCGCGAUGACCAUCAACAAAAGUCAAGGUCCAACACUGGAAAGUGUUGGGUUGUUUCUGCCUAGUCCAGUGUUCUCUCAUGGUCAGCUCUACGUUGCACUUUCAAGAGUUAAG